UGCUCAAGGUCGAUAGACCCAUUCUUAAGGUGUGAAGCACUAUAUGCAAGCUGCUCCCGAAUGUAAAUGAAUGGAGGGCAGAGUAGUCAUUGAAAAAAAGGUGUUGUCAAUCAAUACAAAAGGGUGAAGAAACAAAAUCAUGUUAUUCCCUCAUAUUUUUACCUUUAUCCUCUCUCUCUCUCUCUCUCUCUCUCUCUCUCUCUAUAUCACUGUCAACCUCUUUCCAUUUGCACAGAAGUCACUCGAGACUCCUUUCCACUUGCUCAUUUACCAUUAGCACUCUCUUUCUUCCUCUCAGAGUUUGUUGGACUGGAAGGAACUGAGCUGCUCCCCCCCUUUUUCGGUAAAAAUAUAUCUGGCAAUCUCUCGAAAUGUUCCCAUACAACAAAGUAAGAACAAAAUCCACCCCAAACACAUCAUAAGCCUUUCAAAGUGGUUUCUAGGAUUGAUCAAACAAAGAUUCAAAGAAACCUCGGAACAUAGACUAGCUAAAGAAAAAAGAAAUAUAUUAUAUUAUAUUAAGCUAGCUAGCUCCGCCCUACUCUUCUUUUCCACCUCUAUAUAUAUAUAUAAUUUCCCAUCUUCACCAUAAUUGAAAACCCAGCUCAAUUGGGGCAUUUCCACUACCACUGUACAUGUUCAUAAUUUCUUAUCAAAUCCAUGGAUUCGCUUCCAGAAUUCAACCCUUCCAACGCAUCAAACAGUUCAAGCAUCAACAUCAACACCACCACCACCACCACCACCACCAGCUCCAAUACAGUACCUGCGGCCUCACCCUCAUCAGCCACAUCCUCCACUCUCAGCCGCUACGAGAACCAAAAGCGGAGAGACUGGAACACCUUCGGGCAGUACCUCCGCAACCACAGGCCACCGCUGUCCCUCGCACGGUGCAGCGGGGCCCACGUGCUUGAGUUCCUCAGGUACCUAGACCAGUUUGGGAAGACCAAAGUGCACACUCAGCUGUGUCCCUUCUUUGGGCAUCCAAACCCUCCUGCACCGUGCCCUUGCCCUCUGCGCCAAGCUUGGGGAAGCCUAGAUGCCCUCAUCGGCCGCCUCCGAGCAGCCUUUGAAGAGCACGGUGGGAAGCCUGAGGCCAACCCUUUUGGGGCUCGUGCUGUGAGGCUUUAUCUGCGUGAGGUUCGCGAUUCUCAGGCCAAAGCCAGAGGAAUUAGCUACGAGAAGAAGAAGAGGAAGCGCCCACCACAGAGUAGUAGUACUACUAGUGCUCUUCCAGUUCAAGCAAUAUUGCCUCCAACUCCUCCUCCAGCUCCUCCAGGUGCAAGCUAAAUCAGUACUAAUGUCAUAUAUUGGCGCCAUACACGUCAGAUUGAUGGAACUGUGAAUGUGAACAAAUAUACAUAUGUAUAGCAUGUCGCAUUAAUAAUAACGUUUUCUUAUCUGAUAAUUGAGCAUUUUGUAUUAUCAUAUUGAAACAAGCAUAGUAUCGCAUGGUUAAUGAUCCAGAGUGACAGUUAAUAGUUUAAUAACAUAACAUAGUAUCGUAGAUUGUCCGCAUAACAAGAAUAUUUCGAUGUAACUUCUGAGUAAAUGUUAUUUGCACUCUUAAUAUUGUGCGGUAGAGUGUAAAGAAGCUUAUGCUUUUAAUCAUAACAUGUUAUUUGAACUUGUUUUAUGAGCUAAGGUUUUUUAUUUAAACAUGCGAAACAAAUUUAAAUGGUGAUCUUUCAGGAUCAUCAAGACGUGAAAAAUCAAGAUCCCAUGCUUUGUUUGCUUAUUUGUAUGACCAAAACAAGAAGCAACUUUGGUUGAAAGUUUGAGUCCUAACUCCAUGUUUGAAUCACAGAUCAUCGAUGAUUAGGGCUUAGAUUACAAGCUAAGCUAACAAAACUUCUUUUCUUCUUUUACUUUUUUGCUCAGAUAUCAUUGUCUUAUUUGGUAACACGGUUUUCCGCUUUAUAUCUUGUAAGUACUAAGCCAGAAAUGGCCAAUGUACAUGCCUAAGUAUCCGGUGAUCAAAACGCCACAUUUUCUGUCAUUUUGUCAAACCAAACACAGCCAUAUAUCAUUGGCCUUCUUGCUGGGUUUAGAGCCAAACUAGCCAAAGUACAUACCUAUAUUUUAAGCUUUGGUAAAUUAUACAUUUAUAGGAAUGUAUACAUGGAAGAUUUUGUUGUGUUCAUGCAAAGUUUAUGUAAUGUCAUGUAAGUUUUGGUAACUUAUAUAUAGUCUGUUCCUAUCAUUUUUCCUAGUCUGCUAAUUGACUAGCUAGAUAGUUUGUAACUUGGUGUUAAUUGCCCCCCAAAUCAUGCCUCAUUUUACUCUAUCAGUGUGGUCUACUCCAUCAACCUUCAUUCAUCAACCUCCAUCAUGCCAUGAUUUUCUCCUUUGAUAUAAUGUUUGUUUCCUUUUUUUGAAUGCAAGCGAUAUUGUGGGAGGAAAGAAUAUCGAACUUAGGACCUCAGGUGCAGGUGUAAAUGCUCUUAACUACUUGAGCUACAAGCCCCUGCAUGUUUGUUUCUCUUUUUCAGUGAAUGUUGUGUGUGUAUUUGAUGCUUUGCACCACAAUGAAAUAUAUGAAAAUUAUCAUUUUCCAUUACAUACUUUCACACUUAUCAUCCCAUCUGAAGGUUGAUUAAUUAAGAAGAAAAAAAAAAACUUUUGCAAGUGAAUGCUCGCAAAUUUGAUUGAAAUUCGACUUGUUCUUUUGGUGUACAAGGUGUUUAUUCUUAUCCCUUUGAAAUUUGCUCUCUUAUAGUUUGCCUGAAUGUUUUUUUUUUUUUUUUUAAUCU